AUGUGCUUCCUUCUUGCACUACCUGCUGUGCUCUUCCAUCCCCUAGUCAUAUCCCGUCCUUUCGUCUCUCUCCCGUGCCUCCUGUGUCCCCCAUGCCUCCCGCCCAUGCCUCCCUCCCGCACCUCCCGUACCUCCCAUGCCUCCCUCCGCCUUCGCAGCUUUGGAGUGGUGAUGCUCACGAUCCUGACGGCGCGCAAGGCCAUCUACAACUCGGACGACAGCCAGAUCAACCUCAAGCAAUGGGUGGCACCGUUCAUAGCAGCCAACGACGGAGUGACCUUAAAGGACCCCUCUCUGGACGCCCCACCAGACGUCAUCCUACGCCUGGCACGCCUGGCUCUCAGCUGCACCGCCAUGCCCACUGCCCUGCGCCCCAACAUGAUCAAAGUGCUUGCUGAAUUGGAGGCUCUGCGCGAGGAGGUGCGCGGUGCGACAGGGGAUCAGAUGGCGAUGAGGAUUGACCGGGAGAUUGAUGACACGCAGGGGCAUGACUUGGAAGAGGAGGUGGCGAAUGCGAUUAGGAUAGGGUCGAGUGGAGGUGGAGUGAGUGGGGGAACGGAGUGA